UGGGCGGAAACACUAUGUCUAUCCUGGAUACUACCUGCUUGGGAAAAUAAGUCCAGCUACAGUGUAUCCCUCUACAUGGGGAGCAGCGGGAAUGGCAGGAGAUCAAUUGAUAGUUCGAUCAGCCUCAGCAAGGCUCACCAAGACAUGUGCAAUUCGCGCCAAGCUCUUGAGGCCAGAACAGAAAAGCAUCAAGCCAUUGUUUUGGGAGUCACUUAUGACACCAGGGACAAGAAGCCCCGAAGAUCGCUGGGAAGAAACAAUUUGUGAGUACACCGCUAGGGCCCUUGAACCCGCUUGCACUUCUCAAGAUAGAAGAAAGAGGAAUGCCACAGAGGUGGACUACUCGAUGGGACAAGCUUGGAUGUCUCAGCCACAAAGACCGCGUCCCCACUGGAGGCAAAGGACUGAGAUUCAAAACGAUCAGGCCUUAGCAGAGAAUACUUUGGGUACACCUAUAACACUUGCUUCCACAUCCAUGACGGAGCCGGCUCAACUGGAUGAGCCUUGGGACAAGUGCUGGGCAAGGAUACAGAAGCACCAUAUUGAUCGCCGCCACAGGCACAUUGCCUGGCAAGUACUUCAUGGCACCUUAUCCUGUGGGGCUCUAGACGCUUAUCGUAAGGUGGUCAACUCCACACAGCACCAAGAGGCUGUUGUCUCUGCAGUGCAAGGCGCAAAAUGUGCGUUCUGCGAAGAUCACCUACACACGAUUUCUCACAUGCUUGUGCAUUGUCAAGUUGCCGCCCGAGUCUGGUCUUGGGCUGCUACGCUCUGGGCUUUGGCCACAGCAAAUCCAGCUCCACUGAUUUUACCUAGUCUCAUACUGGUAGAUGACCGCAGAGGUUGGGAAGUCUCAAAAGAGGCGGCAGAGCUCUGGACAGACAUUAGAGUAAUUGUCCUGGCAGGACUGUUCACAACCUCGGAACAAAGAAGGAAAGGUUUGCCAGUGACGACGUUCACGGUAGCAGCAUAUGUUGUGCACCAUAUUAGAGGCUAUAUCAUUCGGGACUGGCAAAGGACAGUCCAGUCUGCUGAUUCCAGUAAUGUCAGUGCAAGACUAGCACAGGACAUUUGUUGCACAUCAUGGCUCCGCGGCCGUAGCCCGCGCAUGGACUUGACUGCCUUUAUUAAGAAAUGGGGUAAGACAAGUGCCUUCUGU